AUGCUACGACGUCUUCCUCGCUUGCACCAGCUACUGGCGUCUCGAACCUGGACCCGCACGAGGCCAUGGUCUCAUUGGCCUAGCCUCAUUCCUAUCCAGAGCUCGCCGUGCUAUUUCUAUUCCACAGUAUCUAAGUCUAAAGAAGACAAAACAGAGCAUCCCGUUACUUCAGAAGUAAAGGACGUUGCACAUGUGGUACCGACUCGUACGUCCAACCAAGAUGGAGUGCGCAAAUUGCUGUCACUCUACCAUCCAGAGAAGAAGUCACUGGUUCUCUCCAUCUCGGCUCUGGGCGUCUCGACGUUCAUCACUAUGUGCGUGCCAUACGGAAUGGGCAAAGUCAUUGAUGUCGUUACGGCAAGCACUGCUGCUGCAAUGCCGUUGUCUACAGUUAUGAUGCUACUGGGAAGUCUCUUUGCUGCUGGGUCAAUUGCAAAUGUUAUCCGAGUGGACACUAGCAACAUGAUUGGCGAGAGGAUCACCAAUAAGUUGAGACGGGACACAUAUGCGUCGAUAUUGCUGCAAGAAAUGGGAUUCUUUGACGCGUCGAGAACAGGUGAGCUGCUCAACAGGUUGAGUGCAGAUACGACGCUGAUUGGGAAAGUUCUAAGUGACAAUACGGCAAGUGGACUGCGCAGCGCUGGACAGGCGCUAGGAAGCGUCACAAUGAUCUUUAUCACGUGUCCACAACUAGCCAUGGUCAUGUUGUCGGUCGUCCCGCCUAUUGCGCUUGGUGCGGUGAGUUAUGGACGGUAUGUGAAAAAGUUGACGACGGAGGUGCAAACACAGCUAAGUGAAGCCACUGAAGUGGCUGAAGAGAAAUUAAGCAAUAUUCGUGUGGUUCGAUGGUUUGCAAAGGAGCCACAUGAGGUGGAGGCUUACCGAAAAAAGAUCGAUGACGUGUUAGCACUAGCGCGCAAGCGCUCUCUUGCUAGUGCUACCUUUUUCGGUGGUGUAGAUUUUGGAGUAAAAUUAAGCAUGGUUUGCGUUUUCGGCUACGGGGGACAAAUGGUGGUAGAGGGAUCACUUACGAGUGGCGAGCUUACUUCAUUCUUGCUGUACACAGUGUACGUAGGGUUCUCCUUUGCUGGCAUGUCCUCCUUCUAUGCUGAAUUGAUGAAAGGCAUCGGAGCAUCCUCGCGCGUGUUUGAGCUGCUGAACCGCCGACCUAAAAUUUUGAGUCCUGAAGGAGGAUGGAGUCGGCUCCCGGAGCCAUUUUAUGGCCAUAUACAGUUUAAAGACGUUGAGUUUGCAUAUCCAACUCGUCUGGAUGCAAAGAUUUUCCGCGGACUUAAUCUGGAGGUGCUGCCAAAUGAAACGUUGGCGCUCGUGGGUGGUAGUGGAUGUGGCAAGUCGUCGGUGAUGUCGUUGCUUGCGCGCUUUUACGAGUUAGAUGGCCCUGGGUGCGGUGGAAAAAUCACACUGGAUGGUGCAGACAUCUCCACACUGAACCCUACAGAGAUCCGUGGUUUGAUGGGCUCUGUGCCACAAGAGCCACCGCUUUUUGCUUGCUCCAUUCGGGAUAAUAUUGCUUACGGCUGUCGGGAAGGAGAAGACGUUCAUUUCGAGGACAUCAUCGGUGCAGCUAAAACUGCAAAUGCACAUGACUUUAUCAUGUCAUUUCCACAUGGGUAUGACACAAUUGUAGGAGAGCGAGGUCAAGCACUCUCAGGGGGCCAGAAGCAGAGGGUGGCAAUUGCUCGUGCACUCGUCAAGCGUCCCCAAAUUCUUAUCCUGGAUGAAGCGACCUCGGCUUUGGACAUCGAGAGUGAGAAACUGGUACAAGAUGCUGUGCACCGCGCUAAGCAAGGCCGUACCGUGAUUUUAGUGGCACAUCGAUUAUCCACCAUCAAAAGUGCUGACCGCAUUGCUGUAAUCUCAGACGGUCGCGUUGUAGAGCAAGGCACAUUUGCUCAGCUUGCCGGUCGUACAAACAGCACGUUCAAUCAAGUUAUCCUGAAAGGGCAGAACUGA